CAAAUUCGAGUCCGUUUCGUAUUUUUCGCGAUUAGCGGCAAUGUAGGAAAGUCGUAAGAGGCGAUGCCGAUAAAGUCGAUUUUCGCGCGCACUCAACGACUACCCGGCCGAAUUGGAACGACUCGCUAGGAGUGUUUCGGCGGUCGAGCCGAGCGCGCCGCUGAAAUAGAUCGUAUUGUACAUAGAAAAUUCUGACAGCUCGGAACCGUCACAAGAAAAUAAUGUCGUUUUUAUUACAUUUUUUGAUAAAUUAUUAUUCUAGUUUCGGUUCGGCGGCGUUCCAACGGCCUUAUCGAUUUUCCUAUUUAGCGCGCUAUCGUAUUUUAUACAUUUUCGAAAGGUCCGCGGCGCGUCUAUGCGCUUUCGAAAAAUAUUUUACAAGUAUUUUCUCGGCGGCGAACGGACGUCGAGUGCGGUGCCGUAAAUUGGUAAUAAUUCCGUUGAUUACACAGUAAUAUAGUGUCCGAAUAUGGGUUAGUGGUGAGGAACACGGACACUGCGAGCGUUGACUUGUGUGAUACGAUCCUAUGAAAAAUGUUUGUGUUAAGUGCAAGUUUUUAGUGCAUAGUUGUUUGAUAGUUGCGUCUGGUGCAUUCCGAUUGUGAAAGUGCACCGCUAGUGUUAUUGUGCGUUGGAUGCUGCAGCUGUGGCCACGGACCUGGGCGCACCUCGCUCACCUGGACGGUCACUCCUAUAACCCCUACCACCGAAGGACUACAUUCCAAACGAAUUAAAUACAAAUGUACCUUAUUCUGAAAUUAUAGAACUAAGAUUAUUAUAAUAAUUAAGAAAAAACAAGGAGAGAACUCGACCAAACAUUUUCUACCAAACUUGGAAUUCUCAAAUGACCUGCCUUCUCUAUACCAAAGUCUUAAGAGAUAUUUAUUUGUGGUGUUUAAUCUUAUGUUGUUGAAGAUGAUGCCCCAACAGUACUGUCUACGGUGGAAGCAUCAUCAUAGUAAUGUACAGAAUAUGUUCGCCCAACUCCUCGAAAAAGAACGGUUCUGCGACGUGACGCUGUAUUGCUCGCCGAGCUUCGCGACUCAGGUAGCCGGCAAGGACACCGUGGAACCACAGAACAUACGAGGAGUUUCUUUGAGAGCACACAGGGUGGUGUUAGCAGCAUGUUCAGAACUCCUCGGCACGCUACUAGGAGCGCACGAGGCACAAGGAGAGCCGGUCCUCGUGAUCGAUGGCGCGGAACCCAAACAUCUGAAGGCGUUGCUGGAUUACAUGUACACUGGGGAGAUGAAUGUGCAUCAUUCCCAACUCGCGAGUUUGUUGAAGACGGCCGAGGAGUUACGCAUCAAGGGCCUCACAGAUAUCAGGUGGAACAAUAAGGAUGAACCGCCUGAUUCUCAAGCAGGGCUAGUAGCAACAGCGACCCCAAUAGAGAAGCUCCCCGACAAGCAAGACCCCAAGCCCGCGACCAAGCCGUCCCCCAAGUCGACUCCCGAACCGGAGCCGCGGAAAAACGACUGCAGUGACGUGGAAGUCAAACCGGGGGAGAAAUUUAAUGUUAACGGCGGCCCUCCACCCUUGAUAAAACUACCGAUGAGAGAAAAAUCAAGUCCAAUCAAAAGAGAAAACUCAGAUUCAGAUAGUCCGAGUCCCAAAAGACAGCGGCUGACAAGUUUAACGGAACACACGGACGAAGAAUGUAGCAGCAUUGUUAAAUCAGAACAUGAUCAAGAAUGGCGAUACGGAAACUUAAAAGUGUAUGAACAGGACAUAUCGGCGGAGCGGGUCGUGGGCUGGGGCAUGCGCGGCUCCCGGUCCACGUCGAGAGACGCCAGCGAUGACGAGUGGGCUGAUGCGCCGGCUGAUAUCGGCUCCUUCUUACAUACGAAGCUGAGGGUCGAUGGUGAUAAUAGUGCUGACGAGGAAUCAAACGAGAGCUUGCCAACGCGUGCCUCCGCGGCGUCGUCGUCCGCGGCCUCCGCCUCCAACGUCGAGUUACGCGUCGAGCUCGCUAAGGCACAGCUAGCGCAGUUGAAUAAAAAUACUCCGUCGAAGUCGAGUCCGGUAGACCCUCGGUUCUCGGACGUGGUGAAGCUGAGCGACUACCUGCAGCACGGCAGACGCCCGCAGUUCUGGGAGGAGAAUUAUGUUAGAAGGGUGAUGGAGGCAGUAAGACUCAAAGAAUUAGAAAUGAAGCAAGCGGCAGAGAUCUUAGGCGUCAGCUACGGCACGCUGUAUGGGAGGUAUCGCGACGUGUACGGCUGCAUCAACAGGCCUUACCGAAAUACCAGCGUUAACUCUAUCCCCUCUCCCCCUAGGGCGGUACGAGAGUUCUGGCAAGCGAAGGGACCCUCAGAGGUCCUAGAACGACUGCAAAGGGGAGAGUUAACGCUCGACUCGGCGGCAACCGCUUUGGGAGUCAGUAUCGCGAACUUAGCAGCCCAUGUUGCUGACUUCGGAGUCCCGGAGAAAGAUAGAGCUUCGGAAGUACUUGACCGACUUCAAAGAGGGGAGAUGUCGCUUGAGUCAGCGGCCACGACUUUGGGCGUUAGUGUCGCGAAAUUGGCCGCCCAUGUCAACGACUUUGGGGUUCAAGAGAAAGGUAUGGUUGCAGACUUCGAGCCGAUCCCCAUAGAAGUGGACCCGUCGCUGAAGAUGCGCUCGCGCACGUAUAGCGCCGGCGCCGCCAAGACUGCGAGAAAACAGGCUACCAGUUGUACUGUUAAUACUGGGGACCAGAAGCCACCGAAGAAGCUAGUGGUGAGUUCUGUGACGGACGAGGAGCCGAUCCCCGCCACCGUCAUCGCCGCGCACGACGCCAAGCCCGCUACCGGCAACAGAAAAUGGCCAUCAAUAAGAGUAGCGAGCCUCGACUCUCUCAGAGGGAACGAUCCCCCCUCCACCGCGCCUAACCCAGCUCCCACCCCCGCCCCCGCCUCGCCCUCCGCCCUCAUGCGGACACGGCCCGACCUGACCAUCGUCGCCGCCCGACGAGUCCCGGACAAAACCGACGAUGACGUCACCACGUGAUGCACCAAUCACAACGGAUAGAACUAUACGACCCGUGCUCUAGUGACAAAGUGCCCUUUUUAAUCUCCAACGAGGUUUCAUUCUUCGCGUUUGACAAAUAUUUGAAGUUUGACAGGUGACGUUUGUGACAGCUGUCUGUUUCGGCGGGAGUUUUGACGUUUAAGUGAUGGUGAUUUGUUUUUGUGUUGUUUUGGUAUGUUGACAGCUUGUAUGAUUCCGUCUCUGUCUGGUUUUGUGAAGAAUAUGAAAAGUUUGUGUUUAUAAAUGCUAAUUUGCUGUCGUGA